AUGUUGCGCCCCGUUGCAUUCCUCGCACUGAGUGCUGUCGCUCAAGCACACACCGUCGCUUGGGUCAAAGGCAUGUACUGCCUGGGAGGCCCCGACCCUUCGACUGACAACGCCAAUACAAACACAGCCGUGAAUCCCCUGUACAAUCUCAAGAAGGAAGACUGGUGGUUCCAACACGACCGCGGCUGUGACGCAGUACCUCCAGCAGAUGGCGACAUCCUGGAACUCCCGGCGGGUGGAAAGUUCAUGGUAGAACUUGCACACAACCGCGCGCAGACUACGCUCUCAUACGGUGGAAAGUAUACCUCGGAAUGGCCGGACGGAAAAGAGCACCCCGAGGACUGGGCUGGUCCUGGUAACCCGCCCGACUGUAUCCAGGAUGAUGGAGCAUUGCAUACCAACAACCAAUCCAUGGCUGCUGGCACUGCGUUUGCCAUCAGCUAUCAGUCUGACCUCUCGGCGGUAACGAUGGAGAAUUUGGCUGUGUUUACAGUUUUGGAGCACACGCCGUGGAAGCGGAUCGCUACCUAUGAAGUGCCCAAGGAUCUUCCGGCUUGUCCUCCUGGUGGAUGCACAUGUGCUUGGCUCUGGGUCCCCAACGGCUGUGGACAGCCUAAUAUGUACAUGGCUGGUUAUAAAUGCAAUGUCACCGGGUCCACCUCCUCUAAGAAGGUCGCCCCCGCUAAAGUCCCUGUUUAUUGUGCGGAUGAUAGCAGCAAGUGUGUCAAGGGUGCUAAGCAAAUGAUUGCUUUCAACCAGCAAACUGGGAACAACGUCCAAGUCCCCAAUGGCAAGACACCGAUGUACAACACGGCGUGGGGUUUCAAGAAUGUGAGAACUAUUUGCUAA